CGACGAGAAACAUAUGUCAGCGGUUCCAGUAGCGAAAUUCCAGCCAGCUCUAGUAAAGGGAGCACCUGGCACCAAGGACAUCCGCAACCAGCUUUCCUGUGGCCUCUCCCAGGACGAGGAAGCCGACAUUGCCUACGAGGACAACGAGAUCUCGUCCCUCACGGCCGCCAGGCCCACGCAUACCCCGUUGGAAAGCCCAUCGCUUCGUAGCUCCCGGAAGAAGAGGCCUAUAACGCCUGAUCCACGGCCUGAGCUUACUAGCGAUAUUCUGAGGCAGCAACAGUGUGACCGUUCCAGCAUACUGAGGGAACCGUCAAUACUCCCACGGGACCCGGCUUUGCUUACCCUCCAGCAGCACCAGAAGGGGGGAGCCUUCGUCAACAACAUUCUUCGCAAUGCCAGGAGCCAGAAUUGGGCUCCGGGCCUGGGCCAGAUCUUCGAGCGGGAUGAUCAAGAUGUGGCUAUGGAAGAUGACCAGUCAGUAAAGGAGAUGCACGAAACGCCACCAGACACUCCCAAAAGCGCCCCGAAGUUCAGCAGGGAUGGUCGAGAUGUUACACUUCCCAGUCCAAAAUCGGGGUGUGCAUCAAACUUCUCCCCAAAUACAUUCAACGCUCUGCCGCGUUCACCCCGCACGAACCAAGCUUCGCCAAACACUUCAACCGUAUCUCGCUCCAGCAGCGUAGCGGACACAGGCUCAUCACCAAGGCUUGAGGGCAAGCCAACCACUAUUAGUGGAAAUGUACGGGGUACGACGGUGCCCCCUGGACAACCAUCCGGCGCCCCGCUGUUCGGCCUAAGUCUGCAAGGGCCUUCAAGAAAGCCCCUCCCUGCAACGCAGUUCAAGAUACCGACGUUACCUGCGAGUGCCGUCAACGGGAGCUCGGUGGCUGCUUCCGAAGGCACGAGCCCACGCCGUGAACGAGCAGCUACCGUCGCCUCCCAAGCCUCGAGUCGUACUCUGGCGAACAGCUCCAUCGCGGCGUUGGACAAGCUCCGCAGCGAGCGCGAAGCUUCAGCAGCGACGCAGAUUUCCCUCGUCUCGUCUCCCUCCGCAAAGACAGCGACGUCACCGGCUCGAAAGAGGAGGAGGGAAGUCAAUCUAAGCGACAGCGACGACGACGACGACGACGCUGACGACGGCGGCGGCUCGGACUUUGAGCCUUCACCGCCCUCGUCGCCAGAUGUGCCGCUUAGAAAAUCUGCUGCAACGCGUGUCCCGGUGCCGAAGAAGGCGAAAGUCGCAUACGGGAAGAAUAACUACGGCUUCAAGCCCACGACGCUAACUCCUCCAAAAGCGGCGCCGCGAACGCCGCAGUCCAAGUCAAACGGUGCAGCGACGCCUCGCACUACCCCCGCUGCACCGCGCCGCAGCAAAACCGCCGGGUUGCAGACACCCCCAGCGACGCCUACCCCUUCAGGUGGUUCCCGCGCAGCUUCCGUCCGGCCGGCUACGCGUACCAAGGUCGUCUACGGCAAAUCCUUGGGCUCGUCCCUUCGCGCCGUGCUGCCCCGACUGAGCGAGCGCCGCGCAAAGGUACGCGCCUUGAGCAGAAUCGAGCAGCUCGCGGACGGAGACAGGGAGUUUCUCAGCGAGGAGGACAUCCGGGUUGCGGAUGAGAGGGAGGAGAAGCUCAAGGGGAAUGCGGGUCUUUCUACGCCGGACGAAUUGGACGGCAGGCUGAGGGGUAUGAGUAUCACGCCUGUCCCGCAGGGCGAAGGAGCCGCGGGUGAUGACGAGGAGAGCGUGUAUGGGCGGGAGCAGUGGAUGAGGGAUCGGAUGCUGGGCGAUCGAUAUGUCGCGAAGAGCAUGGCUGGCACCGAGGAGCAGGAGGAGUCUGACGCCGAGCCGGAUACAGAGGGGAUGAGACUCGUCAACGGAAGGAUCGUUCCUAGGGGAUAGAGGAAAUGGAUUUGACGGAGGGUAUCAGUGAGGAGGAGCGGGAGACGCGGGAUAGGUGAGUUCUUCGCGGUUCUGGUUGCUUUGGUUUUGGAUUGACGGUUUGUGAUAGCUUGAGCGUCGUCUUGAGCUUGGGGCGGUAUUGGGAAUAGGCGAUUCGCUAGGAGCGUUGGCGCAUCACAUUCUUAGGGUUGAAGGGGGUUUGGUGCGGUGGGUAUUGGCUUUGGGCAUCGCAAUGGUGGUGGUCGUGGCGGUCAACGAAUCGCAUCUUGGAGGCUUGCCUUUUUAGCAUCGCUUUGCAGGGAGGAGUUGCACAUGGCUUUCUCAAAAGGCAUGGAGAGGGCACAUCUA